CGGGGGGCGCGCAGGGGCCUGGGACGGAGCCGUGCAGGCUCAGCUUCGGUGAGACGGAGGCGGGGAGACUCCGUCCGCGUUCGGGGUGUCCUUGCCUCCACUGCGCCCGCUGCGUGCCUGCCCUCGGGCCUGAGGCGGCGACGUUGGGGGGAAGGACUGCCCUCGGGCGGGGCAGGGAGCGGAGUUCCGAUGCCUGUCCUCAGGCGCAAGCCAUUCGAAACAGCGUUCUGUACCUAAAUUCAUUCAGAAAACCUUGACCGAGAGCCGCUGUAGCGUACUGGUAGAGCAAGACUGCCUGAGUUCGUGUCCUGGCCCCUUGCCCUCUGUACGGGUUUGGGCAAGCUGCCUUGGCUCAGUCUCAGUGGUGGGGUUACCACCUACUUCAAAGAUUAUUGUGAAAAUUAAAUGAGAUAUAGAAUAUACAGCACAGGGCUAUGCUUGCUCCAUAGUAAAUGUUCGCUGCUAUUAACAGCUGCUAUUACUACUGCUCUUAUUAUGCUACUGGCAUCCCUAAUAUUCACCAAGUCUUCAUUCUCCCAUUUUUCCCUGUGACAGGAGAUUGCAAUUCCAUCCUUCCCAUCACUUAGGUAGAAACCUCGGAGGCAGCCUUUCUCAACUGUUAUAAUUUCUUUCUCAGGCAUCCAAGGUGGUAAUAGUUAUGCACUUCAGGAGGAAUAAGGAAAUAGCUAAAUUAUUUUAUCUCUCUAGGUCAGAUAAGGGGCAUAGGUUAAGGAAGUCUGCUGGGAACAUUCCUAGAUGCCUUUCCUCACCACUUCACCAUGUGUUCUGCUGGCCUUGUCAGUUCUCCAUUCACACUGAAUCCUAAAGGGGCCUGAUCUCAACCACCAACCGCUAAGUUGAGCCUCCAUCAUCCCUUCCUGGCUUUACAGGAUCCUCAGCCUGACCACCCUACAUCCACUGUUGCCCUCCUGUGGUCUGCCUUCUGCACAGUAGUUGGAUCUCUCUUUUUAAGGCUUAUGAUCCUCCUGUGAUUUCCUAUCUUAAGGUUGCUUUUUUCCAGCAACACUCUGGCUCCCCUCUUGGCCUGUUCCCUUGGCCUGGACUGCUCUCCCUGAGAUGUUUGCACUGCUUCUCUCUUCCUCCUGGUCUCCUCAGUAUAAUUCUUAUUAAAUACACCUUCCCUAUCCAUACUGCAUGAAAUUCUGACACCCCUUCCCAUCCCGCUUUGAUUUUCUCCACAUCACUUAUCGUCAGAUGAUUUCUCAUGUAUUUGCUUUGUGUCCCUCUUGCUAGACCAUAAGUUUCCUGAGGUCAGGGACUGGAUCUGCUUUGCUCACUGCUGAAUAUCCAUAGCACUUGGCAUUAGUGAACCCUAAUUGAAAGCAUGAAUCCCAGGCUCUCUGUUGAGUACAGGAGGAGCACUGACGAUUGGGACAGCUCCCUCCAGGAGCUCUUGCUGUGAUGGAGAGCCGACAGACAAACCUGCCCACGCAGGAAGAUGUUCCACGUUUUGGGGUAGGAAGCAGAGCAGAGCCCUUCUGUACAGCCCUACAUGGAAGUGGCCAUAUUGCAGUGCUGGGUACUCGAGCCCUGAAAUGUGCCACAUCCAAGGCUGCAGGGAAUAGAAUAGACAAUUUUUCCUGGGAGGAGAUCAGGAAGGCUUCAGAGAGGAAGUGAUUCCCCAGCUGAGCCUUGAAGGAGGUGAACUUUCCCAGGAGGCGGGGGAGACAGUUCUUGAGGGAGUGAGUAGGGAAGUCUGGAGCUUUGGGGAACCUGCAAGGGUCUCACUGUAUUGGAGUACAGCCUGUGAGGGGGCUUCCAGGGACAUGAGAUUGGCCGAUCGGGCUGGUGUGUCUGGGCAGUUGGAUGUAGAUACAUCCAUGGGGAAGUAACAUUCAAGCUGGGUGUUGGGGUUGGCCCACAUCAUUGCCUGCCAUGGCCUCUCUUCACACCGUCAUGCCCCUUCCCAUGGUUGUCAGGGAGGGGGCUGAUGUGAGCAAAGUUGUGCCCAGGCUGCCAGAAGCUGUUGCAGUGGAGGCCUUUGGACAGUGAUGGUCCCGAACUCUCGGAGCCUAUCUGCCAGGUUUUCAGAUUCCUGCCUCUCACCACAGCCUAGGAGCCCAGGAAUGGAAGCUGUGCUGCCUAGGGCUGGAUCUCAGGGAUCAGUGACAUUUGAGGAUGUGGCUGUAUAUUUCACAAGGAAGGAAUGGAUGUAUCUGACUGUUCAACAAAAGGAUCUCUACAAGGACGUGAUGCUGGAGAAUUAUGGAAACUUGAUCUGGCUGGCAGAACUUCGAGGUCUCAAACCUGACCUGAUCUCCCAGCUAGAGAGAGGAGAAGAGCCAUGGCUGCUGGAUGUGCCAGAGACUGAGACAGUAGAGAUGCAGAGAUGUUCCUGUCCAGAUUCUUUAAUGGGCACUGAGAGCAAACAGUACUUUAAAAGACAAAUAUCAGACAUAGCCACAUGUGAAGUAACAUUAGACAUGCUCCUUCAGGAUUUCCUACCAGGAUUUGAGGAAUACAGGGAUGUUUCAGACACCUGUCAGGGAAAUGCCACAGGAGUUGUCUUGAGGAAAUCUCUAACUGAGGAGAAAAGUUAUAGUGAAUUGACCAUGUCCUGUGAGGAGCAACCCACGUGGAAGACUGACCAGAGUUUACCUGAGUUAGGAGAAAACUUAAGUAAGAAUGCAAAUCUCAUUACAAGUUCCAAGCAUACUACAGGGUACAAAGCCCAUCAAUGUGAUAAAUGUGACACAAGUUUCAAAUACAAUUCUGAUCUUAUUCUACAUCACCGAAUCCAUACUGAAAAACCCCACAAAUGUCAUGAAUGUGGGAAAGAUUUUAGCCGAAGUUCAUAUCUUAAGGGACAUCAAAAGAUUCACACGGGGGAAAAAACAUAUAAGUGUAAUAAAUGUUUGAAAGUCUUCAGUAGUAGCUCACACCUUAUACAACACCAGGUAAUUCAUAGUGGAGAGAAACCUUAUGGGUGUAGUGAAUGUGGGAAAUCCUUCAGACUGAAUUCCCAACUUAAACAACACCAGAGGAUUCACGAGAAACCAUUUAAGUGUGAAGAAUGUGGGAAAUCCUGUAGUCAAAAGGCAACCCUGAUUCAGCAUCAGAGAAUUCAUUCAGGAGAAAAACCUUAUGGCUGUAAUGAAUGUGGAAAAACCUUCAGUAAGAAAUCGAUACUUAUUCUUCAUCAAAAAAUUCAUACUGGGACAAAGCCCCACAAAUGCCAUGAAUGUGGGAAAGAUUUUAGUUGUAGUUCAUAUCUUAGGGAGCAUCAAAAAAUUCACACUGGAGAAAAACCAUAUAAAUGUAAUAAGUGUUCAAAAGCCUUCAGUUGUAGUUCACGCCUUAUUCAACAUCAGUCAAUUCAUAGUGGAGAGAAGCCUUAUAGGUGUAAUGAAUGUGGGAAAACCUUCAGACUGACCUCACAACUAUCUCAACAUCAGAGAACUCACACUGGAGAGAAACCUUUUAAAUGUGAAGAAUGUGCCAAAUCUUUUUGUAAAAAGGCCCACCUGAUUCAGCAUCAGAGAAUACAUUCUGGAGAAAAACCUUAUGGCUGUAAUGAAUGUGGAAAAGCCUUCAGUCAGCCAUCACUUCUUAUUGUACAUCAAAAAAUUCAUACUGGAGAGAAACCCCAUGAGUGCAGUGAAUGUGGAAAAGCUUUCAAUCAAAGAUCUCUCCUUAGUAGACAUCAAAGAAUUCAUACAGGAGAAAAACCCUAUGUUUGUGAUGAAUGUGGCAAAGCUUUCAGUCAGAGCUCACAACUCAUUCAGCAUCAGAGAAUUCAUACAGGGGAGAGACCCUAUGUAUGUGAUGUGUGUGGAAAAACGUUCAACCAAAACUCCCAGCUUACAGUACACCAGAGGAUUCAUACUGGAGAGAAACCACACAGAUGUAAUGAAUGUGGAAAAGCUUUCUCUCAGAGCUCCCAACUUAGACUGCAUGAGAGAAGUCACACUGGAGAGAAACCUCAUAUAUGUGAUGAAUGUGGUAAAGCCUUCAGUCAGAGCUCUCUACUUAUUCGACAUCAGAGAGUUCACACUGGGGAAAGACCCUACAAAUGCAAUGAAUGUGGGAAAGCCUUUACUCAUAGUUCAACCCGACUUCAACAUCAGAGAGUUCACACUGGAUUGAAACUGUAUAAAUGUAACACAUGUGGAAAAGGCUUUAGUCGAAGUUCGUAUCUUACGCGACAUCAAAGAACUCACUCUGGUAUAAAAACUUGAUGUACUGCAUGUGAAUACCUUUGAUGCUUCACAUUUUAGUAAAUAUCAAUAAAUUUAUUCUGGAAAGGA